AUGGCGCUCGGGGCGCUUCUCCUCCGGGCCGCGGCCGGCGCCGGCGCAAGGGGGCGCUUGACCCCCGGGGUCAACGGGGUCAGCGGGACCGGCCGCGCGACGCCCGCCCGCCUGCAAGGCACCGGCACCAGCAGCAACUGCAGCUCAUAUGAUGUGGUCAUUGUUGGUGGUGGGAUUGUGGGACUCGCUUCCGCCCGAGUCCUCGCUUUGCGACAUCCGGCGCUUUCAUUUGGAAUCCUGGAAAAGGAAAAGGAACUGGCUAGUCACCAGACAGGACACAACAGUGGUGUCAUUCACAGUGGAAUUUAUUACAAACCCGGAACUCUGAAAGCCAAACUGUGUGUACAGGGUGCUGCCCUCUGCUAUGAGUACUGUGACCGAAAGGGAAUUCCAUACAAGCAGUGUGGCAAGCUGAUCGUGGCGGCCGAACAAGAGGAACUUCCUCGGCUCAAGGCCCUGUACGAGCGAGGCCUGCAGAACGACGUCCCGGGGCUGAGGCUGAUUGGCUCUAAGGAGAUUCAGAUGAAGGAGCCGUACUGCAGGGGUCUGCUGGCCAUCGAUUCCCCCUACACUGGCAUCGUGAACUAUACACAGGUGUCUCUGUCUUAUGCCGAAGACUUUCAGGAUGCAGGCGGGAAUGUUGUGACUGAUUUUGAAGUGAAACACAUUGAAAUGGUCAACGAAAGCGCCGUGGGCAGUAUAGAAGGAAUGAAAUAUCCGGUUGUUAUUAGGAAUUCGAAGGGAGAAGAAGUUCGUUGUCGGUAUGUUGUGACUUGUGCGGGACUUCACUCGGACCGCCUCUCCGAACUCAGCGGCUGCAGUCCUGAACCCCGCAUCGUGCCUUUCCGGGGAGACUACCUACUUCUCAAGCCAGAAAAAUGCUACCUCGUUAAGGGAAACAUUUAUCCGGUCCCAGAUCCUCGGUUUCCCUUCCUGGGAGUCCAUUUCACCCCAAGGAUGGAUGGGAGUGUGUGGCUCGGGCCUAACGCGGUUCUCGCCUUCAAACGAGAAGGUUACAGAGCCUAUGACUUCAGCUUCAGAGACAUGGUGGAUGCAGUUAUUAAUAGUGGCUUGCUCAAGCUGGUGUUCAGAAAUUUUUCUUAUGGGAUGAGUGAAAUGUACAAAGCAUGUUUCCUUAGUGCACAGCUGAAGCAACUUCAAAGGUUCAUCCCGGAAAUUACUGUCAGCGAUAUCCUGAGAGGUCCAUCGGGAGUAAGAGCACAGGCCCUGGACAGCGAUGGGAAUCUGGUAGAUGACUUUGUGUUCGACGGAGGUGUUGGGGCUAUAGGAAGUCGAAUCCUUCACGUGCGAAACGCCCCUUCGCCGGCUGCCACCUCUUCCCUCUCCAUUGCAGAAAUGAUUGCAGAUGAAGUGGAGCAAAGAUUUGAUUUAUAAGUAGCGAAGGGAGAGUCCCUGAUUUGGUGUUUGAGGAGCGAUGGAAAGGACAGCGCAACCCAUCAGCCCUCACAUGAGGAACAGCAGCGAUGUUUGCAGCCAGAGAAUGCAUCUCACAAGACAAAAAGAUGGCCAGUGGCUUUUCUUGGGCAGUUGAGGCAAAGUUAAUCUUACCCAAUUUGAAAGUAACAGGUGGAAGCCGCCUCAGAAAUGACUUUGUAUCCGAUGCAAGAAGCAAGGGAGUUGGCCAACUGCUUGGUAACUAUCUCAAUUCCAGUACUACCUCAGGAUCCACAGUCAGGUGAGCUCGAGUGGCUGUACCAAUUUUUCCACCUUCAGGAGGUGCGAGAAUUGAACUUGGGGAUGAGUGUACAGGUCUUAAAGUGACAGAAAUGCUUUGCAAGUCUUAAAUUUUGAAUUAAAAAUAAGAAAUUUUUAAUAGGGUUUCUCUUGAUCGUUCAGGUUCUGAAUGCAUAUGAUUUCUCGUGGACUUCGAAAACGUUGGCUUAAGAAAGUCAACCCACGUGAGCCUGGUUUAAUUUGUUAAUGCUGUAAACGUUUCUGAGACUUUUUUUUCUUUUGUGCCUUUCAGCAAAUACACAAACGUCAGGCAGAUUCACUUUGCCCGUAAAAUAGUUUUUAGCAUCGGAAGUGCCCCAAGUUAAAAUGAGGCCGUAAUGUCUUGGGGCCUUGAACCGGGGAGAAUUGCAGAUGUGUGUAAUAUAGCAUCCACCACUAAUGGCAGAAAAUGACUUAAAAUUUCAGGAAAUGGGGAAGUUGAGCUUUUUAAAUGGAAAUGUGCCAGACUGCCUGAAAGCUAAGAAACCUUUACCAAGAGGUUGGCCUACUCUUGGUCUGUGAUAUUAGGUUAAUUAUAUUUUCUUAUGUGAGUAUUAGAGGGGACACACACUAUAACCUUUCCCAUAUCAAUUGUUUACAUUCACAGUCCCAAGUCCCCGGAGAGAUUAAAUGUCUACCUGACUCUUCUGGGGAAGGAACCAAAAUGUCUUCAGAGGAGAAAUAAAAUACACCAGGCAUAAAUGUGGUUCCACCAGUAAUAUUUAUUUGAACCUCUACUGUAUGCACAGCAUUGUAUUAAGUGCUUGGGAGGGUACAGUCGAGUUAGUAGAUGUCAUCUGUCUAGUUUGUCCAAAGGAUACUGCACUGAUACACAAAUCCAAGGUCACAGCGGCGGAGUAGGAUGACUCCCAGACCCGGGCUCUAUCAACUAGACCACGCUUAUGUGCGUGAUCUUCUACUCUGCCUAUCUGUCAUUUAUUUUAAUGUCUGUCUCCCUUCCUAGACUGUAAACUCCUUGAAGGGAGGGACUGAAUCUCCCAACUCUAUUGACCUAAGCAUUAGGACAGUACUCUGCACACAGUAAGGACUCAGUAAAUGCCAUUCAUUGUUAUUUGAUGCCAAUAAAUAAUAUAAAGACCUGUUUAAAGAAUACUUUAAUUUUCCAACAUAAAAAAGAUAAAAUAUUAACUAUUUACAUUGUUGUAGAACAAUAAUGUAUGAUUUUAUAAGAAGUUUUUUUUUUACUUCUGGAAUUAAAUCUUUUAUUGCAGAAUAUAAUUGCGAUUUUUAAAUUACCCAGGUUUUAAUCUCUAAUUCGUAUUUAAAAAAUAUGUUCUAUUUGUCUUCAACUUUAAAUGUUUGGAUUAUGUUUAUUUUGCGUCAGGAGAGGGAUUAAUUGAUCAUAAAUGGCAUGAUUCAUUUGAUACUUUGUAUUUAACCAUCUAUAAAGUCCAUCGGGCAAGGACCGUCUUCUCUGGGCACCAGGAGGUGUGGUUUUGUUGAGUAAUAAAUGCUAAAAAGCAGCCGGCCAUCUUUCCUUCCUCUAGACUAUAAGCUCAUUGUCGGCAGGGAACGUGUCAACUAUUUACAUUAUUGUCGAAAAGAUAAUUUAUAUGAUUUAAUCAGAAAUUGUUUUUCUACUUGUGAAAUUAAAUCUUUUACUGCAGAAUUUAAUUGCAAUUUUUAAAUUACCCAGGCUUUAGUCUGUAAUUCAUAUUUCAAAAAUAUAUUCUAUUUGUCUUCAACUUCAAAUGCCA